AAGGUCAGAGCUCCAAUCCGGUUCGUGUCCGCUUCUCUCCUCAAACCAAACCGGUUUCCCGGGUUUGUCGUUCAUCGCCUCACAGACGAGCCUCGACGUGUCAACUCCCGCUGCUUCGCACGGUAGUUGGAGGAAGUUGACAUUUUUUGUAUUUUCAUUGAUUCCGUCCUUCCUCCGUCAUGUCCGCGGUCAAGUGCACUCGUCUGACCGGGCCCUUGGGCAAGCAGCUGCUGGACUCGGUGGACUGCGUCCUGUUCGACUGCGACGGGGUGAUCUGGCGAGGGGAGCAGGCCGUGCCCGGGGCCGCCGAGGUCAUCCGCCGGCUGAAGGAGCGAGGCAAGCAGGUCCUCUUCGUCACCAACAACAGCAGCAAGACCCGCGGGAUGUACGCGGACAAGAUGGCCAAGCUGGGCUUCCAGGUGCGGGAGGAGGAGGUGUUCGGCACCGCGUACUGCUCCGCCCGGUACCUGCGGACCGUGUGCGAGCUCCGGGGGAAGGUCUACCUGAUCGGCAGCCCGGCCAUGGAGCAGGAGCUGGCGGCCGUGGGGAUCCAGCAGACCGGGGUGGGACCGGACCACGUCGCCGGGAAGUCGUCCGACUGGGCCGCCGUGCCCCUGGACCCCGAGGUGCGGGCGGUGGUGGUGGGCUUCGACGAGCACUUCAGCUACAUGAAGCUGAACCGAGCCCUGCAGUACCUGAGCCAGAAGGACUGUCUGUUCGUGGGGACCAACCGGGACUCCAGGCUGCCGCUGGAGGGAGGCAAGGCAGUGCCAGGUACAGGCUGCCUGCUCCAGGCCGUCGAGACCGCCGCCCAGCGCCAGGCCCAGACCGUGGGCAAACCCAACAGCUUCAUGUUCGACUGUGUGGCCUCCCAGUUCGGCGUGGACCGCGACCGCUGCCUGAUGGUUGGCGACCGCCUGGACACGGACAUCAUGCUGGGCUCCAACUGCGGCCUGAAGACCCUCCUUACCCUCACGGGGGUCAGCACGGUGGCUGAUGCCGAGGCUCACCAGAAGAGCGGUUGUGCGGAGCGGCAGGGGAUGGUGCCGGAUUAUUACGUGGAGAGCAUCGCCGAUCUCCUCCCAGUUCUGCAGGGAUGAGAGCUCCGCCGGUCGGUCGAGACUGAAGAGUAGCUGCGUGAUGGCCUGGCUGCUGCUAACCUGAGGAAGCUGGGUAGCCUGUCACACACACCAGGACCCGUCGUCACUAAAGCUGCUCUCAGACUGGUGCUGGAGUCUGGACAUUUCCCUGGGAUUUUGGGCAGAGGCUUAUUUCUCUUAUUUGAGAACGCAGCAGGAAAACAUCCAGUCAAAUUCCCAGCGAGCAAGUGUACGUGUUGAUGAUGUGGAAGAUGAGAGUGAAGAGCUUUUAACACGAUAUAUAUUAUAUUCCCCUAUCGUCUGAAUGUUCCAGACAUUUCCUUUUGUUGUUGUUUUCCUGCUGCGUUCUCUGUAGGUGAACGGCAAAACCUUGAUAAAUAUGCAGAUGUAAUAUUCCGAGUUCAUGUUUAAAAGUGGCUUCAGAUUCAGAAAAUCCCUAUAACAAAGUCACAACUGUUGUGUGACAGAGGAGACAAAGAAAAAGACUCUAGAGCCAGAUUUCCGUCAUCAGUUUUGUCGUUUACUAAACCGUUUUUACAUUAUAUAAGUAAAGGAUAUGUAUAACAUGAAAUCAUGACUUCCAGUAUUGUUUCAAUGCAAUUUUUAAGUGUUAAAUAGAAGAGUAUAUAGUGUUGGUUCCUUUUAUUUUUGGUAAGAAGAGAGGCGAGUGUACUUUAACAGCCCUGAUCCUGUGUGUGGUGCAAUCUCGCCUUAAGCAACACCAUGUCAAUCGUAAGAAGGGAAAUAAGCCAACAUGCAGUUUCAGUAGUUCGGUGACACGUGUGCAGGCAGAGAAUGGGACUAAAACGCACUGACCCUUUAUGACUUGAGCUUUGUGUAUUUCAACACCUCAACAGAUUGUGCUAAUAUCUGCUUUUACACUCACGGACGAGUGAAAUGACAUCCAGUCUUGUUAUUUUUGUCUGUCCAGUUCAUUGUUGAAAUAUUUAAGAUCAUCCUUCUUCCUCUAUUUUUUUCCAUCCACUCUGUGUUCCUCCUGCCUUCACUGAAACCUUUGCUCAAGUCUGUAAUAAAACAUUAUCUGUCCUCACUG